AUGGAGAAUGAGCUGCCAGUCCCCCAUACGUCCAGCAGUGCCAGUGUCGCCAGCAGUGCCAGCAGCGGCUGCAGCAGUGGCAGCAGUGGUGGGAGUGGCCGCCCUGCCGGGCCCCAGAUUUCUGUGUACAGCGGCAUUCCUGACCGGCAGACCGUGCAGGUGAUCCAGCAGGCGCUGCACAGGCAGCCCAGCACGGCGGCUCAGUACCUGCAGCAGAUGUACGCAGCCCAGCAGCAGCACCUCAUGCUGCAGACGGCAGCACUCCAGCAGCAGCACCUCAGCAGCGCCCAGCUCCAGAGCCUGGCGGCUGUGCAGCAGGCAAGCCUGGUGGCCAACAGACAAGGGAGCACUUCAGGCAGCAAUGUGUCUGCACAGGCCCCAGCCCAGUCAUCCUCGAUCAAUCUGGCAGCCUCCCCAGCAGCGGCCCAGCUCAUCAACCGGGCACAGAGUGUCAAUUCAGCGACAGCUUCAGGCAUCGCCCAGCAGGCCGUGCUCUUGGGUAACACAUCUUCUCCGGCCCUGACUGCAAGCCAAGCGCAGAUGUAUCUAAGGGCACAGAUGGCCCAGCCAGGUAACCUGGUGCAGGUAGCUAGGAGCCUAGGCGGCACUGUUCCUUUGUCCCCUCAGCUCAUCUUCACGCCCACGGCCACCGUCGCUACUGUGCAGCCUGAGCUCGGCACUGGCUCCCCCGCCCGGCCCCCCACCCCCGCCCAGGUACAGAACUUGACCCUCCGAACACAGCAGACACCAGCUGCAGCAGCCUCGGGCCCUACCCCCACUCAGCCUGUCCUGCCCAGCUUGGCCCUGAAACCCACGCCAGGUGGUAGCCAGCCUCUGCCUACCCCGUCACAAGGCAGAAACACCGCUCAGGGUUCCCCCGCAGGUGCCAAGCCUGGCAUAAGUGACAGUGUGAUGGAGCCACUCAAGAAAGGAGAUGGUAACAACGGUGUGCCAGGGAGCAUGGAGGGCCGGGCUGGGCUCAGUCGGAUGGUGCCCGCUGUGGCUACCCACCCCCUCGUCGCACCAGCCUACGCUCAGCUGCAGCCCCACCAGCUUCUCUCGCAGCCGUCCUCCAAGCACCUGCAGCCCCAGUUUGUGCUCCAGCAGCAGCCACAGCAACCAGCGCCACAGCAGCAGCAGUCACGGCUCCAAGCCCAGCCCCAGCCCCAGCUCGCCUCGGUCCCCCCCAGCCUGGCCCCGCAGUCCAGCCCCGAAGCCCAUGCCAUGCCACUAGGCCCAGUCACACCCGCCCUGCCGCUGCAGUGCCCCACGGCCAAUCUGCACAAGCCUGGCAGCGCUCAGCAGUGUCACCCUCCCACGCCAGAAGCUGGGCCUCACAAUGGAUACCCUGAAGGCCUGGCCCACACCCCUCGCAGGCUCCAGCAUGCUUCAGCUGUCAUCUUACAACUGCAGCCCGCUUCACCAGUGCCCCAGCAGUGCACCAUGGAUGACUGGAAGGAGGCGGUACCUGGGGAGAAGAGUGUGCCUGAGACUCGCGCUGGCCCAUCACCACAUCCCCAGGCGAUCAUCACGGCCAUGCCUGCAGGCCUGCCUGCCCCCAAGAGCCCUAGUGUCCAGCAGUCCCCAGCUCACGAGACAGGGCAGGGCAUUGUUCAUGCACUGACCGACCUCAGCAGCCCCGGCAUGACCUCAGGGAACGGAAAUUCUGCCUCCAGCAUCACCGGCACUGCCCCCCAGAAUGGUGAGAAUAAACCACCACAGGCCAUUGUGAAACCCCAAAUCCUGACGCAUGUUAUCGAAGGGUUUGUGAUCCAGGAGGGGGCGGAGCCUUUCCCGGUGGGACGCUCGUCCCUGCUGGUGGGGAAUCUCAAGAAGAAGUAUGCACAGGGGUUCUUGCCUGAGAAACUUCCACAGCAGGAUCACACCACCACCACUGACUCUGAGAUGGAGGAGCCCUAUCUGCAAGAAUCCAAAGAGGAGGGUACUCCCCUCAAACUCAAGUGUGAACUCUGUGGCCGGGUGGACUUUGCCUACAAGUUCAAGCGUUCCAAGCGCUUCUGUUCCAUGGCGUGUGCAAAGAGGUACAACGUGGGGUGCACCAAACGAGUGGGGCUUUUCCACUCGGACCGGAGCAAGCUUCAGAAGGCAGGAGCCACGACCCACAACCGCCGCCGGGCCAGCAAAGCCAGUCUGCCACCACUUACCAAGGAUACCAAGAAGCAGCCAACAGGCACCGUGCCCCUCUCGGUCACGGCCGCGUUGCAGCUGACACACAGCCAGGAAGACUCCAGCCGUUGCUCGGAUAACUCAAGCUAUGAGGAGCCCCUGUCACCCAUCUCAGCCAGUUCGUCCACCUCCCGCCGGCGACAAGGCCAGCGGGACCUGGAGCUCCCUGACAUGCACAUGCGGGACCUGGUGGGCAUGGGGCACCACUUCCUACCAAGCGAGCCCACCAAAUGGAAUGUAGAAGAUGUCUACGAGUUCAUCCGCUCCCUGCCAGGCUGCCAGGAGAUCGCAGAGGAGUUCCGCGCCCAGGAGAUCGACGGGCAAGCCCUGCUGCUGCUCAAGGAGGACCAUCUGAUGAGCGCCAUGAACAUCAAGCUGGGGCCGGCCCUGAAGAUCUACGCACGCAUCAGCAUGCUCAAGGACUCGUAG